UUUUCUUCAUUCUAGAUGACAUGUUAAGGCAUUAUAGCAAUCAAGACACCUUUUUAAUUGAAUUAAAACAAUCAGAAUUAGACAGACAUACUUUUUAUGCCGUUACUUUAAUUGAACUUUUAACUGCCAACAACGACAUUCCUUUAAAUAAAAAUAAUAAAAUUUUAAAUUCUUUUAAUAUUCACCAUCAUCAUCAUCAAGAUACAGCUUCAGCUACUUCCUCUUCCUCUACUAAUUCAGAAAAUAUUUCUUCAAAUCACCAACAACAACAAAGGACAUCUGCUACUGUUUGGUGA